AUGUCAGAAACAUCAAAGUUAGAGUCUUUAGAUCCAGAAGUUUCUGAAGGGUGUUGUUCAAAGACCUUGAUGCAGAGCAUUGUUCAUGAGCUCAAGCUGCAAAUGAGAAUUGGUUUGCCGUUGGUGGCUAUGAACUUGUUGUGGUUCGGUAAGAUGACCACUACAUCUGUGUUUCUUGGUCAUCAAGGCGAGCAUAACCUAGCGGGAGGCUCAUUAGGGUUUUCCUUUGCAAACGUAACUGGCUUUGCUGUUUUAUACGGAAUCUCAGCUGCAAUGGAACCCAUUUGUGGGCAAGCUUUCGGAGCCAAGAACUUUAAGCUUCUCCACAAAACCCUUUUGAUGGCGGUGCUCGUGCUUCUCUUGAUCUCGAUCCCGAUCUCUUUCUUGUGGCUCAAUGUUCACAAGAUCCUCAUUGUUUUUGGUCAAAGAGAAGACAUUUCUUUCAUAGCCAAGAGAUUUCUUAUCUACCUCCUUCCUGAUUUGCCAGUCCUCUCUUUGCUUUGUCCCCUUAAGGCUUAUCUAAGCUCACAAGGCGUUACCCUCCCCAUCAUGUACACAACAGCUGCAGCCACUUCUCUUCACAUCCCCAUCAACAUAUACCUCUCUAGAGCGAAAGGAAUCCAAGGAGUUGCAAUGGCGGUUUGGAUUACCGAUUUCAUUGUCGUGAUUCUUCUAACCGGGUAUGUGAUAUACGUUGAGCGGUUGAAAGAGAACAAGUGGAGAGAAGGUGGCUUGCUUAACCAAUCUGCUCAAGACUGGCUCAGGCUGAUCAAGCUUAGUGGGCCGUGUUGUCUCACCGUGUGCCUCGAGUGGUGGUGCUACGAGAUCUUGGUCCUAUUAGCCGGGAGGUUACCAAACCCGGUGGAAGCUGUGUCGACAUUGAUCAUAGUUCUCAACUUCGACUACUUGCUUUACGGUGUGAUGCUCUCUUUAGGCACUUGCGUGGCAACGCGAGUGUCGAAUGAGCUCGGCGCAAACAAUCCUAAAGGAGCUUAUAGAGCAGCUUACACUACACUCGUUGUUGGUGCUGUCUCGGGCUGCAUUGGUGCUUUGGUGACGAUAUCAUGUAGAGGUUUCUGGGGGUCUUUGUACACUCACCAUGACCAAAUGAUCAUAAACGGUGUGAAGAAGAUGAUGUUGAUAAUGGCGAUUGUUGGAGUUAUAAACUUCCCGUUACUGGUGUGUGGGGAGAUUGUUCGUGCAACAGCAAAGCCGUCGCUUGGAAUGUACGCGAAUCUUGGUGGAUUCUAUCUAUUGGCUUUGCCCUUGGGGGCGAGUCUUGCGUUCAAAGCUAAACUAGGGCUUGGAGGGUUCUUGAUCGGGUUUUUGGCCGGAGCCUCCGUCUGUUUCGCGGUGUUGCUCAUAUUUAUUGCAAGGAUCGAUUGGGAGAAAGAAGCUGGUAAAGCACAGAUUCUAACAAGUAACACAGUGGAAGAACAGACUUUAGGAUCUCAAAGUAAACAUGAAGAAGUAUCUUGA